AAUCAUUCUAUUUAGCGCGUUGAUUUUACGUUAAAAAUGCCUAAAUUCUACAAACCAAGAGAUUUUAAAUACGAUGUGGUUGAAUUAAUUCGUGGGGUCGAAUUAAGACCAUGCUUAUGGGAUAAAACGUUGGAAAACUAUAAGGACAGAAUAGAAAGAAGGCACGCUUGGGAGGAAAUUUUCGCGUCUUUGGACGAGAAAUACGAGAGUAUGACGCCUGAGGAAAAACGGAUUACGGGAGAACACAUCUUAAACAAAUGGACCAACAUUCGAGACACGUUCGUCAAAUCUCUCAAAGUCAAAAUGGGGAAGCCAAAGAAACGAUAUCUCCUCUACAAAAACUUAUCGUUCCUGUUAAAAGUCAUCGACAUUCCUGAAGAAGAGGUUAACACUAACUUUACCCAAGAAUCCAGCGACGAAUCUAACGAGGUACCUGUAUCUUAUCUUAAGCAGGAACAAGAAGAAACUUACACGCCCAGAAAGAGAAAGAAGGUAGAUUAUACCGAAGAAUACGUCGUGCCUAUUAAAGAGCCUGAGAAAAGUUAUGAUAACGGUAUAGAUUUUGUGGAAGUUGAAGACAAUGAGGCAAGAGUUAUGAAUGAAGAUGAGGCAUUUUUCGCUUCGCUGUUGCCAACGGUGGUGAAGUAUAGUGAGGACGAGAGACUGGAGUUCAGGAUUGAGGUGUUGGGGGUUAUGAAAAAGAUUAAGGAUAAGAGGAAUUGGAGUGAUCAUGUCUAA